UCUCUCUCUGUGAGCUUAGGAAAAUGGCUGAGGCCAGUAUUUCAGUAGAUCAGGACCAGUUCAUCUGUCCAGUGUGUCUGGAUCUCCUGAAGGAUCCGGUGACUCUCCCCUGUGGUCACAGUUUCUGUAAGGUGUGUAUUAAUGACUGCUGGGAUCAUGAGGAUAGGAAGGGCGUCUACAGCUGUCCUCAGUGCAGAGACACUUUCACUCCAAGGCCUGUUCUACGCAGAAACAACAUGCUGGCUGAAGUGGUGGAGAAACUAAAGAAGAAGACUGAAGUCCAAGCUACUUCUCCUGCUCACUUUUACACUGGACCUGGAGAUGUGGAGUGUGAUUUCUGCAGCGGGAGAAAACACAAAGCUGUCAAGUCCUGUCUGACAUGUUUAGUUUCAUUUUGUGAAACUCAUCUGAAACCUCACCUGGAAGUUCCUGCUUUAAAAAAACACACAUUAAUUGAAGCUUCAGCAAAACUCCAAGAGAAGAUCUGCAUUGAACAUAACAAACUGAUAAAGAUCUACUGCCGUACUGAUCAAACCUGUAUCUGUUAUUUGUGUACGAUGGAUAAUCACAAAGGACACGACACCGUCACAGCCACAGCAGAAAGAGCUGAGAAACAGAGUGAGUUAAAGGAGAAGCAGAUGAAAUCCCAGCAGAUAAUCCAGGAGAAGCAGAAGAAGGUGCAGGAGCUGAAACAGGCUGUGAACACUAUAAAGCUAAGUGCACAGACAGCAGUGGAGGACAGUGAGAUGAUCUUUACUGAGCUGAUCAGCUCCAUGGAGAAAAAGCGCUCGGAGGUGACGGAGCUGAUCAGAGCUCAGGAGAAGACUGAACUGAGUCGAGCUGAACGACUCCUGGAGCAACUGGAGCAGGAGAUUGCUGAUCUUCAGAGGAGACUCACUGAGCUGGAGCAGCUUUCACACACACACGAUCACAUCCAGUUCCUCCAGGCUUUAGCUUCUGAAUGUCUGUCUCCUCUAAGGCAGAGACCAAACUUUCAGACAUCCAGCAUUAGUGUCCAUCAACAUCUCUCAUUUGAUGGAGUGAGAAAUUCUCUCUCAGAUCUGAAGAAGAGACUCGAGGAAUUCUGUGAGGAGGAAUUCAACAAAAUCCCUCCACAUGCUGCAGCAGUUCAGAUCUUUUCACUAUCAGAGACAAAGAGCAGAGAAGACUUUUUAAAAUAUUUCUGUUAUCUGACUCUGGAUCCCAACACGGUACAUCGUGAACUUAUUCUGUCUGAGAAGAACAGAGCGGUGAGAGACAGUAUAAGAGAGCAGCAGUACUCUGAUCAUCCAGAGAGAUUUGACUCCUGGCCUCAGGUGUUGUGUAAGGAGAGUGUGUGUGGACGCUGUUACUGGGAGGUGGAGUGGAGCGGUGGUGUAUCCAUAUCAGUCUCAUAUAAGGACAUCAGCAGGAAAGGACAUGGUAAUGAAUGUGGGUUUGGAUUCAACAAUCAGUCCUGGAGUCUGUGGAGUUCUUCUUCUUCUCUCUCUUUCUAUCACAACAACAUUGAGACUGAGCUUGGAGAUCCAUCAUCCUCCAGAAUAGGAGUGUAUGUGGAUCACAGUGCAGGAACUCUGUCCUUCUACAGCGUCUCUGACACGAUGAAGCUCCUCCACAGAGUCCACACCACAUUCACUCAGCCUCUGUACGCUGGGUUUAGGUUUUCUUCUUUGUUUGUUUCUACAUCUGUGAGAUUGUGUGAUCCAGAAUAAAGUGUGUAGUGUUUUGUGUAAAAUUCCCGCACAUUGUUGCACAAACAGCUCAGUAUUUAACAUAGCAAUAAUUAAAGAGUAAAUAUUAACAAUGAACAUAGUUUAAAUAAAAACAAACAGAUGUAUUAUUAAAUGUAUUAUUAUAAAGUUGUAUCUGUGUGAAGAGUCGAGGUGACAUUCGGCACAUUAGACUUCACUUUGGAAUAACUUUUUGUUUGCAUUAUUGAAACUCUGACAAUGAGAAAUUAGAUGUUUAAAACUGACCAAACACUUAUUAUAAAUAUUAUGGCAAAGACUUUUUUUUGUAAAUCUUUUAAAAAAUCUGUGAAAAGAUAUCAGAAGUAAAUUUUUGUA